GGGGUUUCGACGACAUCGGUAUGAAAUGGCAGAAACUGCUUGUGUCACGGAAGCACAAAGAUUAGGUUACGUGGUACACAUGUAUUUUAAUGUUAUUCAGCUCUCGUAGGACAAGGAAUACUUAAUAUUGUAGGUUGACAUUAUCAACGAAUGAACAAGGAUUUGUUUUUUGGGGGGGAAACACUAAGGGCGUACAUUGCAACGGGGGAGAUCAGCGACUGCGGCUGUACUACUCUACUGGAAUUACUUGAGCGUUCUGUCGUUGAGGGGUGAGCUCGACUUGGAUGCCUAAAACGUGACGAUUUCCCCCCCCCCUCCCAAGUCUUCAUCAUGAAUCGCAAUAAGCGUGAAAAGGAGUUCUACAGCUUAGAUGUCGGGGAUUCUACGUUUACUGUGUUGAAGCGCUACCAGAACCUCAGGCCCAUUGGCUCCGGGGCACAGGGAAUCGUCUGUUCCGCGUACGACCACAACCUUGAGAGAAAUGUGGCCAUUAAGAAGCUGAGCCGGCCCUUUCAGAACCAGACCCAUGCCAAGCGGGCCUACAGAGAACUGGUGCUAAUGAAAUGUGUCAAUCACAAGAACAUUAUCGGCUUAUUAAAUGUCUUCACGCCACAGAAGACGCAGGAGGAAUUCCAAGAUGUGUACCUGGUGAUGGAGCUGAUGGACGCCAACCUGUGCCAGGUGAUCCAGAUGGAGCUGGACCACGAGAGGCUGUCCUACCUGCUCUACCAGAUGCUGUGCGGCAUCAAGCACCUGCACGCCGCCGGCAUUAUCCACCGCGACCUGAAGCCCAGUAACAUCGUGGUGAAGUCCGACUGCACGCUGAAAAUCCUGGACUUCGGCCUGGCCCGGACCGCCGCCACAGGUCUGCUGAUGACCCCCUACGUGGUCACGCGCUACUACCGCGCCCCUGAGGUCAUCCUGGGCAUGGGCUACCAGGCCAACGUUGAUGUCUGGUCUAUUGGCUGCAUCAUGGCUGAAAUGGUCCGUGGUAGUGUGUUGUUUCCAGGUACUGAUCACAUCGACCAGUGGAACAAGGUGAUCGAGCAGCUGGGCACGCCCUCGCAGGAGUUCCUCAUGAAGCUCAACCAAUCGGUGAGGACGUACGUGGAGAACCGGCCCCGCUACGCCGGCUACAGCUUCGAGAAGCUCUUCCCUGACGUGCUGUUCCCCGCCGACUCGGAGCACAACAAGCUAAAAGCAUGCCAGGCCAGUGACCUGCCCCGUCCAAGAGCAGAGAUGAAUGAAUCCACUGCGUCCAAGCGGAUCAUCGGUGACGGAGAGGCCCUCCAGCACGCCUACAUCAACGUGAUGUUAGAUGUGAACCCCCUGCCUGUCCGUCUGUCUGUCUCACAGCCUCCCCCCCUCAUCACGGACAAACAGCUGGACGAGAGGGAGCACACGGUAGAGGAGUGGAAAGAGUUGAUAUACAAAGAAGUCGACUGGGAGGAGAGGACAAAGAAUGGGUUGAUCCGGGGACAGCCCGCUUCUCAAGGUGCAGCAGUGAGCCAACCCCCCCAGCACCAGCACCACCAACCCCCGUCCGCCUCCGCCGCAGGUGUCUCCGACCCCACCCUCUCCGCCCCCGCCCCCACCGGCAGCAGCCUGGAGCCCGCCUUAGCUACAACCAUCGCCUAGUGCUGGCCCGGGCGCUACCGGCCCGCCGGGCUGCUGCAGAUGACUAUCAACAACAACAACAGAACGCAACGGCAACAAACACAACUUCCUAGUUAUUUUCUUUCUGGUGUGAGGUGGUAAGCUCCACCCCUCCCCCACCCACCUGAAGAGGACCCAAAGUCUACAAGCCCGACACUGACCCCUCCCACAGUUCCGCCUCCCCCUCUCUCAUUCGUCUGUUGUUCAGGCUUUCGUAGUGUAGCAUCGAGGUCAGUUUAUCUGUGGCCAUUUUGGUUCCUUUCGGUUCUUUCUUCUCGUCUUCUUUUUUUUUUAUUAAGGACAUUUUCUUAUUUUUUAUAAUUAUAGUUUCUUUUUCGUUUGGUAAUUCUGUUGAACUUGAGUCCAGGCUUUAAUUUAUUGUGGCAUCCUGUUUCGACGUUCUGAAUCCUACGAUGCAAACUUUUCAUGAUUUUUGGUUCAUGGACGUUGAGAAGAAAAAAGAAAUAUAUUGAAAAACCUCUUCAUGUGAUCUGUUUUUUAUUUUAGUUGUUUUUGUAAAUCUUUCAGUUGGUGUUUAGGCUACUACUAUUACGUCACGCCAUAUACAUGUAGAUUGAGUUUGUACAGAGCAAGGGUCCGUUUAUUUUUUGCUUCAAAAAAUUAUGUUUGCGGUGAGCCAUUUGAAUAUACUUCAACAAAUGAUUGAUCUCAAUACUUCCGUAAAACACGUUACCGUAUUUUGUAUCAAGGAGCUGAUAAUUUUUUGAAACCAUGCUUCGCUCGGUUUGAUUCUUUUCCCUUUUUUAAGAUUUGUUUGUAUAAAGAUAUUAGGUGUCUCCUUGUGAGUCACCACUACUACUACUACUUCUUUACCUGUAAACACUUUUUCUUUUGGAAACGAUAUUUUUUCUUUCUUUUUUUUGUUAUGUUAAGUUUAUUCUUGACAGCUGCUGGCGAUUUCAAAAUGCUGUUUGAUUUCCCGCUCUUUCCACCAUUUUACCCCUGCUGUGUGAGAUGUAAGAAUUGUACUAUUUAUUUUUUCCUUUUUAAGCUAUGUAACGGCACAGUGAGGGGGGGGGAGAAGUAGAGCUUUUAAGCGUUUCUUUUGCUGAUUUUUUUUCUUUCACUUUUCUAUUUUUUAUGUUUUAUUCGCAGUGGGCGUGUAGGAUUGUACAUCCCUUCAGAUAGCCCCGAGAAUAGCUUUACACUUAAAUCCCCCACCACUGCUCGAGAGGUUUGCUUUAAACGGUAAUGUCACAUUGACGGCAAAAUACUGGGGGAAUGUAUUGACAUAGACUAUGGGAGCUUUACGGAUAUGGAAAGGUUGCGAGUGCUGUGAGGUUUGACGUGUCAGUUGGGGUGUACAGAGAAUGUAUCAGUAAGUACCAAGGUGUGAUGUCGAGAAGGUUUGUUGAAGGUGUUGGAUCUGUAGUGUCUAUUGAGGGAUGUGUAUCGUACGACCAAGAGGGAACUGUGUAAGUAUGAUUUAGAUAAGUUUUGCUUCCUAAUACAAGAUCCUUUUAUUAGUAACGUAACGGGAUGUAUCUUUGUGCUCUUUGCGACGGUUUCAGAUUUUAACUCAAAUCUAUUGGGAGCGUGACUACGAUUUUUAAACCAAAACUCCCCUUCGUUUUCAACGCAUGGCAGCCUAACUUCAAUAUGAGAAAAACUAAAGAUAAGAAAAAUGUAAACAGUCUCUCUCCCUCUUAAUGUCUGACGAUUAUUUACUGAAUGCAAUAAUGGAGCCCUUCUUCGGGGUGUGUUUUUAUUUGUAUUAUUGGAAAGGAAAGUGCCUAUUGUUUAAGUGUUCAUUCCCGACUUCGUAGGAGGUAGUGUACUCGUUCGGCGCGGAGAGUUUUCGUAGGUAAGAAAUGGCAGGUUACACGUUUAAAAUCAAUCACGAAAGGUGGACGUUCUUGCAAAUGUUUUGUAUAUUUUUCUACUGUUUCUUUUUUGUUGUAUGUUUUGACGAUAAAGUUGGAGACUGUAGUCUUUUUGCAGGGUAACCAUAGUAAUAACAAACAUUUAUUUUCGUUUCUGUUGUUUUGAAAGGAAAAGGUGGAUUGUCAAAGUCUUUUGUUUCUUUAAAUCACACUAGUGAAUCAUGAUCAAGAUUUUAGCACAUUUUGCAACGGUUGAGGUAACAGCUAAUGACAUAAACAUUUCUGAAAUUUUUUAUUUGUUCAUAAUCUCCCUUCUCGCCUCUCCUUACAAUUGCUUUUGGGAGACUUUUCAAAAUCUGUAAUACUUUUAAAGAUAAAUGCGAAGAGUUCUCCUGAGGGUUAAAAAACAGAACGGAGGGCUACAAACACCCUGUUUGGUCACAUAAUAUUGCGUGGGUCCAGUUUUGAAUGGCCAUCAUUUGAUGUGACCUUGAUGAGAAUCUGCUGAAAUAUCCAUCUAUUCAUAUCUUAACAGUACUUGUGAAUAGCAAAGAUUAAUUCAGUGAGGUAAAUCCGUUUUACAGUUAAACGUAUUUGUUUGGGUUAAUUUCACGCUUUUCGUCACAAAACACUCAAUUGAUUUACUACCUUGACAUUCCUUUUAACUUCCAAUCAAUUACCAAUGAUAACAGGUUUCCAAACUAUUAUAAUUUUUUCAAGGAUAGUGGUGACAACGCUACUUAGCUUCCCUAGGCUCACGGAUGAGCUGGCAUGACUUGGUAACAACAGGAGCUUAUUUCCUGCUGUAAUUGCAGGAAAUGUAAGACAAUAAUGGCAAAAUAAAUGAUGCUUUUAUUAUCCCAUGCUCUGUCUUUUUUAUUUUAUUUGAAUUUGACCUUAGUCACAAUUGGAAAGCUUUUUUUAGGGUGUUUUUAUUUUACUGCUAAAACCUAAUCUUAAUUUAAGGCUUUGAUGGACUACCUCACUCAAAGUUUCUACCAGUUUUUGGAUGGACACACUUGGUUAUGGAUUCGGAUGGACUCAGUUACCUGCAGAAUUAGCUACGGAAGACGUGUGAAUAACAUAAAUAUUAUUUAUUUAUUUUGAAACUGUACCAUUGUUAAUUUGAGCAGACCUCUAGUUUUGUACAUUAUGUAUAGGCCUACUUGUCCUAGAAGUUUAAAACAAAUGUUAUAUGUAUAUAUUUUUUCUCCCCCUUCUUUUUCCUAUUUUUCUGUUUUGUUUUUCAGUGCAAUACCUUCAGCAAAUUGUGCUAGUUGUGAGUCCCGGCGCUAGCCACGUUAGCUGUCUCCUGAAGGUAGAGAAAAUGUUUGGUACUGUCGACACGUUUCCCCUUUUUUAAGACUACAUUUUUUUAUUUUCUUUUUUUUUUGCUGUGACUUGUUUAUAAUCAUAUUGUUCUGUAAUUAGUCUUACCGACCAAUCAGAUCCGGCCAGAGAUCGAAAAUACAAAAAAAGAAAAGUAAACGAGAUUUCUUCAUGUUCAUCAUGGCCAGAAGAUCUUGAUUUGGUUGUGUGGUAAGACGAAAAUAAUGUUAAUAAACAAAACAGGAUAAAAGUUUCAAUGCCUAAAAAAAAUUGUAAAAACUUGUUAUAUGUAUGGUGCUGGUUUGUAAUGUUUGCUAGUGAAUCCAGCCAUGCAAGUAGAUUAAGAGUUGUUGGUGUUGCGUGACCCCAGAGAAGCGCAAACAACGAUUAAGUGCACUACUAGAAUACAUGCCCUGGGAUCGGACGAUGCCAACUCAGAAAAAAAACAACCAACAAAAAAACAUGUACUGCAAAUAAAGUAAAAUACACUUUGAAUCAC